AUGGCGUCGGUGAACCUGGCGGAGAGGAUGCAGAAGCCGGCGGUAUGCUUCACGGUGUUUGGUGAGACGCACAGAGGUGUGCUGCAUGGCGUGGACAACAACUUCAACGCCGUCCUUGACAAGAGCGGAGAGCAGCGAGAGCUUUGCUUCGUCCGCGGGGAGACCGUUCUGUACAUUGGCUUCAUGGACGAGGAAGAGAAGAGGAAGGAGGGUAGCGGUGGGGAAAGCACGAACAGCGUGUAA